CCCGCGUCCCGCUCGCAACUACGUUCCCGAGCGCCGGCUGCGGCACUUCCCGCCCUCGGCUCGUGCCCGCACCAUGUCGGGCUUCAGCCCGGAGCUGAUCGAUUAUCUGGAGGGGAAGAUCUCCUUCGAGGAGUUCGAGCGGCGGCGAGAGGAGCGUAAGAGCCGCGAGAAGGAUGGUGAAAAUACGUCUGCUGAUGAAAACACUGAAGAUGUAGAUGCUCCAUCUUCAUCAAAAAAAGCAUCUGGGAAAUCCCAAGAUCAGGAGGAAACUGACGGAGAAACUUCAGAUGGCGUCAGUAAAUCUGUUCAUCGGGUCUUUGCAUCCAUGCUUGGGGAAAAUGAAGAGGAGGAGGAGGAUGAAGAGGAAGAAGAAGAAGAGGAAGAAGAAACUACUACUGAGCAACCCACAGCUGGUGAUGUUUUCGUGCUGGAGAUGGUACUUAAUCGAGAGACCAAGAAAAUGAUGAAGGAGAAAAGACCUCGCAGCAAACUUCCUCGUGCCUUGAGGGGUCUGAUGGGAGAGGCCAAUAUCCGGUUUGCUCGAGGAGAACGCGAGGAGGCCAUUCUGAUGUGCAUGGAAAUCAUUCGACAGGCUCCUCUUGCUCAUGAGCCAUUUUCUACUCUUGCCAUGAUCUAUGAAGACCAGGGUGACAUGGAGAAGUCUUUACAGUUUGAACUGAUUGCAGCUCACCUAAAUCCCAGUGAUACUGAGGAAUGGGUUAGAUUGGCUGAAAUGUCACUGGAACAGGACAAUAUUAAGCAAGCUGUCUUUUGCUACACAAAAGCUCUGAAAUACGACGCAACCAACGUGCGUUACCUGUGGGAGAGAUCGAGCCUGUAUGAGCAACUGGGGGAGCACAAGAUGGCUAUGGACGGCUACAGGCGCAUCCUGAACCUCCUCUCCCCCUCUGAUGGAGAACGCUUCAUGCAGCUGGCAAGAGACAUGGCAAAGAGUUAUUAUGAAGCCAAUGAUGUGACCUCUGCCAUUGAGAUAAUAGAAGAAGCAUUUACUAAGCACCAGAGCCUGGUCUCCAUGGAAGAUGUUAACAUCUCAGCUGAGCUGUAUAUUUCCUCCAAACAGUAUGACAAAGCACUGGCGGUUAUUACAGAUUUUGCAGGAAUUGUACUUGAAAAGAAAACACCAGAAAAAAGUCCAGCCGAGGAGAAGAAAGAUACAGGGACAGUGGCAGAACCUGAGGGAAGCCAGGAGGCCAUGACUGAUGACCAGAGUCUUCCAGUUGCUGAAUCCAGUGCUGCAGCUGCGGAGAAGGUCAGCUGCUCCAUACCUGAGGGCGUUCCCAUCGACAUCACGGUCAAGCUGAUGGUGUGCUUGGUUCACUUGAACAUCCUAGAGCCUCUCAAUCCUCUUCUGACCACUCUGGUAGAACAAAAUCCAGAAGAAAUGGGUGACUUGUACUUAGAUGUUGCAGAGGCGUUUCUGGAUGUGGGAGAGUACAACUCGGCGCUGCCUCUCUUGAGCUCCCUUGUCUGCUCCGAGCGGUACAACUUGGCUGUUGUCUGGCUGCGGCAUGCGGAGUGCUUGAAGGCUUUGGGACACAUGGAGCGUGCUGCAGAGAGCUAUGCCAAAGUUGUUGAUCUUGCCCCACUGCACUUGGAUGCAAGAAUCUCACUUUCCACACUUCAGCAGCAGCUGGGCCGACCUGAGAAGGCUCUGGAGGCACUGGAACCCAUGUAUGACCCAGACACACUGGCACAGGAUGCCAACGCUGCCCAGCAGGAAUUAAAGCUGCUUCUUCAUCGCUCCACGCUGUUGUAUUCCCAAGGCAAAAUGUACGGUUACAUUGACACCUUACUCACAAUGCUGGCAAUGCUACUGAAGGUAGCAAUGAGCAGAGCUCAGGUGUGUUUGAUAUCUAGUUCCAAAUCUGGAGAGAGACACCUCUAUCUUAUUAAGGUGUCAAGGGAUAAAAUCUCUGACAAUGACGACCAAGAGACAGCAAAUUGCGAUGCAAAAGCGAUUUUUGCCGUUCUCACGAGUGUGCUGGCAAAAGAUGAUUGGUGGAACCUGCUCCUGAAGGCUAUUUAUUCCUUGUGUGACCUCUCCCGGUACAAGGAGGCAGAGCUACUUGUGGAUUCCUCAUUGGAGUAUUAUUCGUUUUAUGAUGAUAGACAGAAGCGCAAGGAGCUGGAAUACUUCGGUCUCUCUGCUGCAAUUCUGGACAAGAACUUCAGGAAAGCAUACAACUAUAUCAGAAUCAUGGUGAUGGAAAAUGUCAAUAAACCUCAGCUGUGGAACAUCUUCAACCAAGUCACUAUGCAGUCUCAGGAUGUCCGUCACCAUCGCUUCUGUCUGCGCUUGAUGCUGAAGAACCCGGACAACCAUGCACUCUGUGUCCUGAAUGGGCACAAUGCCUUUGUGUCUGGCAGCUUCAAGCAUGCACUUGGACAGUAUGUGCAAGCCUUCCGUGCAAACCCUGAUGAACCUCUGUACAGCCUUUGCAUUGGCUUGACUUUCAUCCACAUGGCCUCUCAGAAGUAUGUGUUGAAGAGGCAUGCUCUCCUAGUACAGGGAUUCUCCUUCCUUCACCGGUACCUGGACCUGCGUGGACCAUGUCAAGAGUCUUUCUACAACAUUGGCCGUGGCCUUCAUCAGCUGGGACUGCUGCACCUGGCAAUCCACUAUUACCAGAAAGUCCUUGACCUUCCUCCCCUCACCUUAGAGGGAAUUGAAACUGACCAGACAGACUUGAGGAGAGACACUGCCUUUAACUUGUCACUUAUUUACCAGAGCAGUGGAAACACCAGGCUGGCACAGAAGAUGUUGUACACCUAUGCUGUUGUAUGAUGAACUUUAUGGCAGGAAGCGAUGCUCUCUGUAUCAAGCUUUGCAUUAUGCAGUGCUGGAGAAACUGGUUUCCUGUACAGCUUUGUCUGUAGGUGGUCAGUCAUGGCUUGGCUGUAGAUAAGCUUUCUGGACUUUCUAUACUGCUGCCAUAGGAGCUGUGUCACCUGCAGAUGGAAGCCAUCCCAAGCACAACACGGACAAGCUCACCUCUCUGUAUGGCUCUCCUGUGCCGCACUGCUCUGGGAUCUGACAGCCAGUUCUGUAUGUGCGCCAGACCAGGAAAACAGUCAGACGGUGAGGCCGUUCAAGAAGCCACAUGCACUGGUGAGGAGGGGUUUAAUGUGCAGCAUUACAUUACUAUCCUCUAGAAGAAAUGGGCUUGUACUGUUCCCAGGAGGAUGGAGAACUCAGAUCUUUAGAGAAUUCAGAGACUUCUAGGAGUCCAUACUCCCAGCAGCUGCUGUUUGUGAAAGAGAGGGAUUUCUAUUUUACUGAAAUCGUUGCAACCUUUGUUCUUCUGAUCUUGUUAAUAAAAAUCCUGAGGUUGAUGUUUACUCAU